AUCAAAGAACUUGAUUUACUUUGAAUUGUGUUUAAUAACUUUGUAAACUUAAUUAAAGCAAUGUCUUCAGCUGGUCCUUUAAUAGUUUUAUUUAUAAUCAUUCUAUGUUUUGCCGUUGGCGUAGGCGCUCUAUUAGCAGGUUGUUAUGGUAACAAGUGGAUAACCAACGAUGCAGGUUCAAUUAAUGAAGGAUUAUGGGAAACUUGCAAUGUGGUAUUUGUCAAAGUUUGUUCUAAAAGAGGUUCUCUGUUUAAGUUUGAAGAUGCCGUCGGGAAUGGUGUAGAAAAAGAUAUUAUCUUGUUGUUAUUAUUGAGCUCUGCACUCUCUGCAUUUCUGGCUUUAAUUUUUUCUAUAUCAAUGACAUGUUGUCUUAAACGCUUAUCUGCUUGGAAAUGUACGGCUGGAAUUGCUUUUGUAUUUGGAAUUAUUGCAUCUAUUGCUGGGUUCGCUGGGUUAGGGUAUUCCGAAAAAGUUUUCAAAAACGCAUGGUCUUCUGAUUUUCGACAUGGAUGGUCAUCUAUUAUAUGUUGGGUUGCAUCUACAUUAAAUUUUUUGGGUGCAUUGUUAUCAUGCUUAGUGAUUCCUUAUUCUCCACCUAAUUACCAACCUAAAAUCAACACACGUGUUGGUAAACCAAAUCCAACGUUUCAUGGUGAUAAUCAUUGGUAGAACUCGUGCCUAUGGUGAAAGUAUUUUCAACUAUUCUUGUUUGGUAAAAGCUUUAAUUGAUCUUUUUGGUCUCUUUUUGCAAAAUGAAUGAUAGUAACAUAAUAGAACUUUUCCGCUCACAAACAAGGUUGCAUUGCAUGUUUAGUGUUCGGUAAAUAACUUGCAUAAAUAUUUUAUUUGAAUUACUACUGUUAUGGAAUCGUUAUGUUGUCAAUAUUGCAAGCAUUUUUUAUGCAAGAUGAUUUAAAAGUAAGAAAUUAUUAAAACUCA